AUGUCCUUCAAAGGUUUCAAGUAUGGAACAAACUUGAAUCGUUCCAGUAUUCGUGGUUUUAUCGCAGCGAUUUUCCGUCCUCUCAUGAAUUCUCCUUCUGAUGCCCCUGGUGUGUUUACCUCAGGCGAUAGUAAAAACGAUGUAGGAGAAUGGCAGAUGCUCCUCUUGGGCAACGAGCUUUCUUCCCAGUGCCAGCUUGAACGCCUUGUGUACUGCAAAUGCACCAACGGCAAAGAACAUGAAUUUUUACUCCUCCACUUCCGUCACCCUACACAACGGGACGCUGUCGCAAUAUUAGUUCUAGACCGAACACCACGUACAGAUUCUACGGAGAACAAUAGUGGCUCGUCAAGACGUAUGCAGUCGUCAUAUAUAGUCUCUCCAUCAGUUUCUUCAACACCCGCUCGCGAUUCCAUCUUCACUACCCCAAACAACGGUUCUGCUAUUGAAUCCUAUCUAUCCAGAACGUAUAACGAGUUCAAGCGUCUUUGUUACCUCGACUUCCCCGCCUCUGCUCGCCCUUCAGCACUUCAAGUAUCCGUGCUCUUGUCCGCUCUCAGCAAGCAUUCUUCAACAUAUAAUCUGUACCUGUAUCAAUGCUAUUGGUACGCACACACUGUCUGGGAGGCCCUUAAAAGGAUUUUCCCUGAUUGUAAUGAGAUAAUGCUGAGCAAGGGGCGCUCUCGUUAUCUUGGGCUCAAGAUAGAGAAGGCAGACAGUGUGGAGGUAAUAUGUGAGCAGUAUUACAUCCAGUGGGCAUACAUCGAGAAUGCGGCACAGGAGAGGAGGAGAGCGGAGGAAGAUAGAGUAUGGCAGAUUGAGCAAGCAAUGAGGAGAGCAGAGAUGGCGGAACGGAAAGCAGAGGAGGCAGAACGAAAGGCAGAACGGAAAGCAGAGGAGGCAGAACGAAAGGCAGAACGGAAGGCAGAGGAGGCGGAACGAAAGGCAGAGGAGGCGGAACGAAAGGCAGAGGAGGCGGGACGAAAGGCAGAGGAGGCACGAAAGGCAGAGGAGCGGGUGAGGUUCUUUCCAGAAUUCGUUAUGCUAUGCUAUGCUAUUUACUCACCGAUUUGUAGGUUAGGGCUGAAUGCCAAGCAGAAAUGGACCGAAUGCGAGUCCAGCUCGAGCGCCAGGCGGUGUGAUACUGGUGUACCUAUUGCUCUCAUUUCCUUAUUAUCAACAUCCUCAUCAUGA